GCGAAGCACUCUCACAGCAGUUGUUGUGCUAUAGACAGCGGUUAAAGCCCUAGUCGGCCUAAACCCAUUGAGAAGUAGAUAUGGAUUUCACACGUCUGCUGUUUCUUUUAACAUCUAUGCCACUUUGCUUUUCAGCUUUUAGUGGGCCCUUGUACCCAGAAAUUUCUAAUGGCACAUUUUAUCACUUUUUUGUACCGGACGGCGACUAUGAGGAGAAUGACGACCCCGAGACAUGUCAAAUGCUCUUUAAAUUCACUGACCGGCGCGCGUGCGGAACGAAUGAGGACAGCGACUCGGUAGUGCGCGACGAUUUUUUUAUCAUGAAGCAUCAAGUUGAAGCUGCUGCAAGGUUGUUGGAAGGCAUCGGCAGAACGAUAUCUUACGACUUGGACGGAAAGGAGAGCUAUGGGACAUUUCUGUCUCAGGAAACAUCUCAGAUUAGUGAGGCUUUUACAAGUGUGGAGAAAUCACUCUUAGAGUUAGAAGUUAAAUUCAAACAAAGUCAGGACAACGACCUUGAAGAUGAGCACCAACUCAAUGGCAAUGUCUUGAAGCCAAUCCAUGGCGUUACAGAUAGUCUCAGGGAGACAACGGAUAUCUCAGUGGGAUUAAAAGAUAAACACGAGCUGCUUUCUCUCGUUCUUAAAAGCCAUGGCAUAAGACUCAGUCGUCUCAAAACAGAGUAUCUCAAUGUAUAAAUCAGCCCAGUCCCAACAACUGGAAAGUCCAUUGCCUGAAGAAUGAAAAAUACUUCUGUCGUAUGUGUUUGCGCACGCGUGUGCAUGCACACUUUCUGAAUUGUUGUGUUUAAUGUUCCCCUGCCUUGUAAAUGUGUCAUUUGGAAGCAACUUAACUGAAAACAUAAACACAGUCUUUGAACUCAGGGGAACAUGGGAGGAAAGCAAAAUGAUCCAUUAUGCCUGACUGAACCCCUGGAACCACCUCUUCAACUCUUUAAAGCUACAUAAUCCGAUUUUGCUGACUUUAUUUCAUCUUUAUUGUAUCGCUUCAAAUCGGGCUGUACAUGUAGAGAAAUGUAUUGGGAAGUAGCUGAUAUUAUCUAUUUUAAAUGGUUUAUUCUUGUUGGUACAUAAUGUUACUGUUGUCUAGUAUUGUUUUUGUGUUGUGUUGUAUUUUCAGCUUCAGACAUAACAGGUCUAUUCUGUAACUAUAUGAAAUGUUCCCAGUUAAAACCAAAUACUUUUUUAUUAACAGGGAUAAUGCCUCUAUUGGAACUAUCAAACGAAACUUUUUACCCCUAAGAAUAUCUAGGGAACCAAAAGUAUAACACAACACAUACCAAAGGAAAUGUGGGAAACAAAUGUAUUAAAGUUAGAGGUCAUAAAGAUUUAAUAGGAAAUAUGGGAAAACAAAUACGGAUCAUGAACUUCUAAACUUCCUGUUGUCAAUGAAUAUAGACAACGUUCCUUUUUUCAGUGGUAACACAGAAAGUUUAGACGUUGCUCUAGAUUUAUUGUGUACUUAAAAUAUUUUCAUUUUUACUUAUUUUCUUUUCUAGGAAGCCUGUGUCAUUUAUUGCUCAACUUAUUGUGAAGGAGUUCAUGUUUUUCUACUGCAAAAAUAGUGGCGUAACUGAGAAGUCAAGAGUUAAGCAGACUUGGAGACCUCAGAAGUGGUUAAAUAAAAUGACAACCUGAA